AUGAGUCAUCCACCCUUCUUCUGCACCAGUUCCUCCUGCAGUGUGGGCCCAUGGAUGGACAUUGUUGGAUUUGGACCCAACCCAGUGGCUACUCAAUUGGCGGCUCUCCUUGUCACUAAAGGAGUGCCAUGUCAACAAGCCCCUGACCGAGCGGAAGCAGCUAUCAAAAAGCUUGGGGUCACUGCUACUCAGGAAUACAUCGAGCAGCGAGCUGCUGACCAGCAUGGAGCCAACAUCUCCUCUAAGAAGAAGUCUCGCAAGCCGGUGAUCACUGAAGCACGGGGGGUGGCGCUCUGUACCAAACAAGAGGCCAUGCCAUUCAUCCAGGAUGCCAAGAUGCUUUGGCCCUGCUCAUCAUUGAGGACAUCCCCAUGGACCAGCGAGCCACAGCCAGCAUCUCUUCCUUGCGCUUCGCCUACGGCUGAUCCACUCUUGAUUCAUGGCUGUUUACUUCAACUUGGAGAUGUGACAGUGUCCCGCCGUCACCUGGAUGACUCCCAUGCUGAGAUGGAGAUCACCGACACCAGGGUCAUGCAGGUGCAGCUGUUUCGAGAUGAAGUUAAUACUGAUUGGACUGACUUCAUUGCAUCUCCAAUCAAACAUCUGAUUGCUCUGGUUCCAAAGCUACGACGCUGCACCAACCUGCAGUGUGACUUCAAAUGCGGACUCUACCAUGCAGCAGUGGAAGAAAACUUUGAUCAGUUGAAGAACUUCUACAAGUUUUUGCAGAAGGAGUUUACUUGGACCCAGAGCAUCAGCUACCCCACAACUGAUCCAGACUACUCAGUCAUCUGGAUCCCCGGGGCCACCAGAGACCUUGCCUUGCACAAGUUGCGGACCAUGUCGCAUGGCCUGUCGCUGGUUCGCAUGCGGCAGCGCACUUCUGAAGGUGCAGCCUGGGAUGUUGGCGCUGCUGAGGACCCCUCUGCCAACGUGCUCCCCGCCUUUGCCAAGGAUGUCCUGAUCACCGUGAUCAAAGACAAGCAAGAAGUUGAAAAGGCACCUCCUGUGGUUGGUCUACCACGUGCCCAAGCUCACUCACAUCCUUGGAAGACCUUCUUCAGCAGUACUACGCCGGCUGACAAUCCAAAGCAACAGAAGCGCAUUGAUGAGCUGGAGAACAGACUCAAGGCUGAUCUUACGGCCUCACUGCAGGAACAGCUGGUCGCCAAUGGCAGCACAUCAUCAUUGGCAUCUGACAGCCGCAUCACCCAGCUGGAAGUUGGCAUGGCUGAACUGCAGGCACAUCAGCAACAUUACCGAACCAUACCGAACCUGUUCUCUGAAACCGGAGCCCGACUUGCGGCCCAAGAUGACAAGCUGCUCAAGCUUCAAAGUCAGCUUGAUCAACAGCAGUCAGACCUCACGGCUGUCCGAAGAAGUCCACACCUUAGCGGAAACACUUCACAAAGCCAUGCAGAUGAGUUUCCAAAGCAUGCGCCAAGACCUUGCCAAUGA